AGCAUGCUCACGCGCUCCAGCGACGCCUCGAAUUGGAAUUGGGCCAGGCUGGCUUCGAUGCCUAAAACUUAUUGCGAAGCCCCCCCGGGCUUCCAUUUUCCAAUUCUUCUUCCAUGUCCUCUUACAAAGUGAGAUCCGGGAGUCUCGCCUCCUAUCUGCCUCAGGAAUAUUGUUUCAACACCGACACAUCUCUGGAUCGUGCACUAGCGCAGAUAUUGAGUACUUGACGCGCGGCGCAUCACACGUUCGAAAAUAACGAAACUGUUGGUUGCUGUUCAUUCCAACUGCCCAUGUUAGUACAAGACGGGACGCAGAAAGCCCUGCCGUACGAUCGGGGCAACGGUCGCAUUCGGCCCCAAAGAACGCCAGAGCUGCAACGUCUGUAUGACCGAUGGCGAGAUUCGGUGGAAUGCCAGACCUUCGAGAGCUUCCUACAGCUCAACCAGGAUGAGGCGAUGCUGCAAGUACCGUCCAUGCGACGCUCUCUAUCACAACGAAGCGGCGGGUCUAGUUCAUCUAUUCAUUCAGCUUCGUCGGCACCCGAUGAUUCGGAAUUUGAAGAGCAGGACAAGAAACCUCGACGCCGGGGCCCUCUUACGAAACCGAAGAGGGAGAAGACGGCCUUCAUUCGCAGGCUCGGAGCGUGUGUAUCCUGCCGAACAAGGAAAGUUGGGUGCACGCAUUGGGAUCUUACAGAGUUUGAAGAGUGCUAUCAGUCGUCAAAGCAUGGCGAUGAAAUACACUUAAAUGAAGUCGACGAGCUCAGCCCUCUGCUUCUCGGAGAUGAUCUUUUGGGCCUGGAGCAACACCACAGCCCACUUGCACUAAUACCGCAGUUCCAAAUGGGCAUGGACCUUGCGGCCCUCCCACCAUCAUCCCCCAUCAGCCCCGUCAGCCCCCUCACCCCUAUGGCACCUCCCAGCCCUCUGUUCAUGUCUGCAGAGUCCUAUAUUGGCUGGGGCUUUCCCACGACCGAAGAUGAACAUUUGGGCAGGUUUCAACUGAUGAGGAAUGAGCUGCUGAUUGCGAUUGGGAACCAAGCAGCCACAGCCAGCAACAAUGUCGGCUGCUGGCAAUGCCAAUUUCACCCGAAAGACGAUUGGGCCUCACGAGGUUCCGCAUCUACUUGUCUAGAGCGAUUUGCAACACCAGACGAAAUAAUCGACCACUUCUCAACGGUCCAUCAUCCCAUUGAGCUGCCCGACCAGCCAAUUUGGUACAAGUGUAGACUGUGCGGGCGGGGGAGUAAUGACUACCAAUACUGUCAACAGUGCGGAACUGUGGAUAGUGGAAGCCAGGAACAAUGGAUACAUGGGUACGCUGUGCGUGUCGGCCCCGCGUUGCUGGCCCAGGGCUGUGAAUAUUAUUGAAGACAGGGAUUAGUGAUGGACAGGCUGGUUAUGGAGAAUGAUCGAGGAUCGAUCGAGUAGCGUUGUCUUGGCUCCUGGGGGUGAUGAAGUUGUGGGGGGACAAGGCUGGGUGCUGAACCUGGAGGGAGACUGGAAGAAGGCUGAGGAUGUUCGUGGUGGGUUGCUGGCUGAAGUGAAUUUGGAUGCCCCCACGUCUAUUGCCAUUUGCAGAGGAGAUGCAGCUCAGGGAGUAUCUUGUGUUGGGAGUUGGGAGAGGUUGAAACGGAGUAUAUGCUGGGCAGCGAUGUGGAGACAGGAACACAGGACUUGGCCUAGAAUAGACAUAUUAGACGGUUGGUCGUCUUGAAAAUACCUGAUGCUGGUUGCCUUGGCGUGUGGGUGUACAUCAGUUGGGC